GGCUAGAUUACGUUACAUUUGUAUCGAAACUGCGAAAACAUUCGACAAAGCGUUCAAAAUGGCUAUGUCAAAAACCACAAACACGUACAAUCGACAGAACUGGGAGGAUUCGGAAUUUCCAAUACUUUGCCAAACAUGCCUUGGCGACAAUCCGUACGUACGCAUGAUCAAAGAACGCUAUGGCAAGGAAUGCAAAAUCUGCACACGCCCUUUUACCAUUUUCCGCUGGUGUCCCGGUGCCAGAAUGCGUUUUAAAAAGACAGAAAUCUGCCAAACAUGCAGCAAGCUGAAGAACGUAUGUCAGACUUGCCUGUUGGAUCUGGAGUACGGUUUACCGACACAGGUGCGGGACGCUGCGCUCAAGAUUCAGGACAAAAUUCCAGAAAGCGAUGUAAACAAAGAAUUCUACAUCCAAAACAUUGAGUCGCAGCUAAAGGCGGGUGACGACAAUACAGUUGCCGCUGGCACGGUGGGCAAAUCGUUGGCGGCAAGCGAUAUGCUGGCAAAGUUGGCACGCACUGCGCCCUACUACAAACGUAAUCUACCUCACAUAUGCUCGUUCUGGGUGAAGGGAGAGUGCAAGCGUGGCGAAGAGUGUCCCUAUCGGCAUGAUAAACCUGUCGAACCGGACGAUCCACUGUCGGAGCAAAAUAUCCGCGACCGGUACUACGGGCGCAACGAUCCGGUGGCGGACAAGCUAAUGAAACGGGCCGCCUCGAUUCCAACGUUGGAACCGCCGGAAGACAAAACCAUCACCACACUGUACGUGGGCAAUCUGGGCGAGCACAUAACCGAGGUGGACAUACGGGACAAUUUCUAUCAUUACGGUGAAAUUCGUUCUGUUUCGCUCGUUCCGCGACAGCAAUGUGCAUUCGUGCAAUAUACCAAACGAGCCGCUGCAGAGCUAGCCGCAGAAAAGACGUUCAACAAACUUGUGCUUGGUGGGAAGAAACUGACAAUCAAGUGGGCACACUCGCAGGCCAAAUCGACUGCUUAUGCACAGAACUCUGUCCCUCGUGGUGCUGGUGGUGGUGGUAACCGAAUCUUUGAUCCCGUACCCGGACUCCCAGGACAGUUACCGAUGCCUCCAAAUCCGACGGACUAUUUUAAUCUGCAGGCUUCAGAGAUGGCUGUGCUGCCACCGGGAAUGAAGAUACAUCAAUUGCCGCCGGGACUGAUACCUGGGGCGCCAAGUUAUGCUUCGAUGUAUCAACAAGCCGGUGGAGGUUCCUCAGGGAUUCCACCUUCGGCCGGAGGUGCAAGCUCCGGUGAGGCAGGAAGUAGCAGUAGCACCAGUGCUGGUGGUCCUGGCCAUUCCAUGAUGCCACCGGCAAUGCAUCAACAGCAAUUGCACUAUCCAAGUCAGGAUCCUGCUCGGUUAGGAGCAUUGAAAAAAUAACAUAAGUCACUCUAGCA